AUGGAUACAAUAAAAACAUUCUAAGAAGGCCGUAGAAUAAGUUAUUUCUACAAUCCUGAAAUAGGAAAAUUCUAUUAUAGCAAAGAUCAUCCAAUGAAACCAAAAAGAGUAGCCAUGGCUCAUUCAUUAAUAUAAAAUUUCGGUCUCUAUAAAGAUUUAGAAGUAUAUACAUCCCGAGAAGCAACAUUUGAAGAAAUGUUAAAAUUCCAUGAUGUCGAAUAUUUAUAAUAUUUAUAAAAUUACGUCAGUAAUGGUUGGACAUAGGAAUUAAAAAAACUAAAAAUUGAUCCAUUAUCAGAUUUAAAUGGUGCAUAUCAUAUAAAUAAUCCCUAAAAAAAACAAAUAAACAAAAUAGGAGAUACUUCAGAUUGCCCUGGUUUUGAAGGUUUAUAUAAUUUUUGCUAAAUAAGUGCUGGUGGUUCACUUGAUUGUGCAUAAAUGAUAAUAAAUAAUCUAUCAGAAAUCGCUAUAAAUUGGGGUGGUGGUUUACACCAUGCGAAGAAAAGAGAAGCUAGUGGAUUUUGUUAUGUAAAUGAUAUAGUAUUAUGUGCAUUGGAAUUAUUAAAAUAUUACGAAAGAGUAUUAUAUAUAGAUAUUGAUGUACAUCACGGUGAUGGUGUUGAGGAGGCUUUUUUUCUUACAAAUAGAGUUAUGACUGUCAGUUUUCAUGAAUAUGGAGGUGGCUUUUUCCCAGGAAGUGGUUCUUUAAACUCUGUAGGUGAUGGUUUAGGUAAAUUUCACUCAAUUAACGUGCCUUUAAAGCCUGGGAUGAAUGACGAUUCCUUUGAACACUUGUUUAAAGAUGUAAUUAAUAAAGUAAUGGAAAUAUAUAGGCCUAAUGUAGUAAUUUUAUAGUGUGGAGCUGACUCUUUGGCAUACGAUAAGCUCGGUCACUUCAACCUAUCAACUAGAGGACAUGGAAAAGCUGUUGAAAUAAUGAAAAGCUAUGGAGUGCCUUUAAUUUUAGUAGGAGGAGGAGGUUAUAAUGUCCCUAAUGUAGCGAGAUGCUGGGCAUAUGAAACUAGUGUAUGUAUUGGGAAAAAAAUAGAUGGAAAUAUUCCAAAUACGGAACCUUUUUAUGAAUACUUUGGACCAGAUCAUCGACUACAUGUUACUCCUAAAAAUAAUGUUGAAAAUAAAAACUCGAGGGACGAAUUAAAUAAUAUCGUAUAAACUGUACAUGAGUAUUUAAAAGCUGUAGAAAGUUCGCCGGGUAUAUAAUUUCAUUAUACACCGGAAGUUCGAGAAGUUUUUGAUGAGGAAGAAAAUUUAGAUUUAGAAGAUGAGGAAUUAGAGAGGUAUUAUUAGGAAAAAUUUACAAUAUCAACUGAAUUUAAACAUUAUAAAACAAUAAAGUAGAUUUCUAAUUUAAUUUUCGAAGAAAGUUAGCAAUAAUGA